CCAUAACGGAAUAUGUAUCUAAUUCGCAAAAAGUCCAUGGCAUUAUCAGCGAUCAUCUUUAUUUUCUCCGUGAUACUCUCGCCUGUCACUCUCGAUUCAAUAUCGCUAUUCAGAGACAAGGAUUUCCACCAUCAUCGAUGUGACAUUGAGGUCAAAGGUUGCAAGCCGGUGUGCCACGGACUGGAAAGGGAGGCUUCAUCGCUGCGAGGGAAUGCCUCUUGUGUUCAUUUUUACCGACGAGAAAACUGCGAGUCGUACAUAGGGUCUUGGAAUUCGACUAUGGGCGACCUCCGUAACUUCAAGAAAACGGACGCUCAAGAUGCAAUCGUUUCAGUCGGGGACUGUAAGCAACCGAUCGACCCGCCAAAUUCCAUUUCGUUCUACGAGCAUGCACAAUUCGGCGGGAAGAAGUGCAACAUAAAGGUGGGAGGUUGCCAACCGAUGUGCCCAGAAUUGGACAACCAAGCCUCCUCUGCAGAUGGAGACGCCGUUUGCGCCAAGGUGUACAACGAGCCCAACUGCAAGGGAUAUUUGGGGGACUUGUACGAUUUAAAAGUGAGCCCUAAUGGAUACCGAAACUUCAAAAAAAAAAACUUCCAAGACAGGAUUUCCUCCAUCAGCGACUGUUCGAACAGAAGCGUCUCGUUCUUCGAGCACCACAACUACCAAGGGAAGAGGUGUGACUUGGAGUUGAAAGGUUGUAAGAGGAUGUGCCCCGAGUUGGAUAAAAAAGCCUCUUCCGUGAGAGGAGAAGUCGGCUGCGUCCGUCUAUAUUACGAUGCAAACUGCACGGACUAUAUAGACUGGGUAAACGUCUCGCCUAGCGGUGGAAGGUACUACAACUUCAAAUAUCGUGCUAAAUAUUGGCCCGUUAUUAACGAUCAAGCCUCUUCCGUUAAGGACUGUAUCACCACUGACAGUGGUAAUUUUGUGUUCAGCAGGCCCCUUGGCCUGCACCCCUGGGAUGUUCCAAAGCCGUAG